AUGAUGGAUUGGCCGCUGUGCGUGGGCUCUGCGGGCGUCGAGUAUUCUAAUUCCCAGUGCACCGGGGAGGCACCGCUGGCGACGCUGGCAACACUUGAUUGCGACGUGACGAAAUACGAUCCCGACGCAUCCAAACAUUGUGCGGAACAAUGGCGGCCGGUUCCCGCGCUUUUGCGGACGGUCACAGACGACGAAUUGCAGGCGCGUUUCGCAACGUGCGAAGAU